AUGGCGCCGCCCCUCAAGAUCCUAGUCGUGGGGCCCAAAGAAGGCGGCAAGUCCGCGAUUGCCAACUUUCUCAGUGAUAGCACUGACCGCCUGGGCAACCAGGAGAAGUAUCAGCCCACCGUUGGCGUCCGGAUCCUUGAAUGCGAAAAGACCAACGGUCGAGCCCAAGCCAGCGUCGAAAUUUGGGACUGUUCGGGUGAUCAAGUGUACGAGGCGUGCUGGCCUGCCAUCCUGAAAGAUGCCAACGCAACGAUUAUCGUGUACAACCCGGACAGCCACGUUCAUGAGAGUGAAGUGACGCUCUGGUACGAAUGGUUUGUCCAGAAUGCCGCCCUUGAGCCAGCGCAGUGCCUCGUCUUUGCGCAUGCGAACGGCAAGGCCACUGUGACAACACGGGGCAAAGUGAAUCUCCCGCCUAGCGUCAAGACAAUCCAGACCAACUACGAGUCUCCAGGAGUGCUCAAGUCCGAGUUUGACACAUUCGUGUUUGGUAUUGCCGAGCAAGUGCAAUUGCGUCAAGGAGGCCGCACUCGAAAAUAG